AGAUGGUGAGUGAGAAGAAGGAGCAGAAUCCUCAGCAGGAAGAGGCUGAGCAAAUGCAACCACCUGCGGUCAGAUCCAAAGGGAAUGUGUCCCGGAAUCAUGAGCAGGGAAAAGCCUGUGAGUGUCAGCGCAAGUCAGAGAAGUGGCAGGAAAACCAGUCAAGGGAGAAAGUUGGUAAAUCUAUUAAUUAUGAGGGAACUCAGAAGGGGCUCAAGGAAACCAAAGCCCAGCAGAGCAUCCCUGCGGGAGAGAGAAAUAACACAUGCUCUGAGUGUGGGAAAAACUUCCACAGCCACUCACACCUUAUUAGGCAUGAGAGAAUCCAUACUGGAGAGAGACCCUAUGCAUGCUGUCAGUGUCGGAAAAGCUUCACUCAGCGCUCACACCUUCUUACACAUCAGAGAAUCCACACAGAAGAGAGCCCCUAUGAAUGCCAUCAGUGCGGAAAAAGCUUCAAGGAGAGAUCAAACCUUAUUACACAUCAAAGAAUCCAUACAGGGGAGAGACCCUAUGAAUGCUGUGAAUGUGGGAAAACCUUCAAUCAUAGCUCAGCCCUCGUUGUACAUCAGAGGAUCCAUACAGGAGAGAGACCCUACAGAUGCUGUGACUGCGGGAAAAACUUCAUUUCCCAGUCAGACCUUAUUAAACAUCACAGAAUCCACACGGGGGAGAAACCCUAUGAGUGCUGCAAGUGUGGGGAAAACUUCACCCAGAGUUCUGCCCUUAUUACACAUCAGAGGAUCCACACAGGAGAGAGACCCUAUGAAUGCUCUGACUGUGGGAAAAACUUCAGUCAGAGCUCAGCCCUUGUUACACAUCAAAGGAUCCAUACAGGAGAAAGACCUUACAGAUGCUGUGACUGCAGGAAAAACUUCGUUUACUGCUCAGACCUUAUUAAACAUCAGAGGAUCCACACAGGGGAGAGACCCUAUGAGUGCUGCGAGUGUGGGAAAACCUUCACUCUGAGCUCACACCUUAUUGCACAUCAUAGGAUCCACACAGGAGAGAGACCCUAUGCAUGCUGUGACUGUUUAAAAACCUUCAGUCAGAGCUCACACCUUAUUAAACAUCAAAGGAUCCACACAAGAGAGAGGCCCUAGGAAUGCUCUGAGUGUGGGAAAUGCGUCCAUCAGAGCUCAGCCCUUAUUUACCAGCAGAGAAGCUGCAAUGGAGAGAAACACCAUAACAAAAUUGUCUAAUUUCAGAAAAAAGAAA